AUGCUUCUCAACGCUCUUGUGAUGUUGCUCCUUUUGGGCCUUACUAAGGGUAAGCUAUUUUUACGGCCUUUACGCUCUUUGCUUUUGAUCAUUUCAGAAAUUUUUGUAUGUUCUUUGUUGCUCGAGUUUUCAAUGUAAGGCAUGUCAGUGAACGUUUUGCUAAAUGAGUGCAAGCGAAAUUAUUGCGAAGGCAACUCUUUUCUCCAGAAAGGUUGAAACCUCACGUACCUUGUUUUAACUCGGGUUAAUUAAAUGAUUUUGAUAAUCAGCCAAUCAUAAAAAAAUGCCUUCGGAGCCCUUGUAAACUUUUUAGGCCUGUCUUUUGCAAUUUUACGCUGCAAACAUUGAUUCAGCGCGCGCUGCAUGGUUUGCUAAUACAGAAACUACCAGCAACUUUGUUCGCUAUGCACCAUGUGCUUGAUAAUUCAUCGGUAUUCAAAGCCUUUGUUUUAUUCAGAAAAUGAGACAAGCCUCACUCGACUUUCGUGUUCAAAGAGAAUUAUUCUCUUGAAGAACAUAGUUUUUCACUUAGUAAAAACCGUUAUUAACUGAUAUUCCGUAAAAUACGAUUUAAAAUGCUUCUGAUCGAGGUGCAAUACUGGAAACAUCGAGAGGUGAAUAUUACGGACACGGGCCAAUGCACAAACAAGGCUUUUGCAUACAUUAAACAGCUCGAUAUAGGUAGACUUUAUGAGCAAUAGAUUAUUGAGUGAAUGUUUAUUUUUACCAACUUUUAACCUCGGUGACAUUUUUGUUGAUCAAUCUAUUGAAUAGAAUGCGCACUAUGCCUAAAAAUUCCUUUUAAUUCUCAUUUUGGCUGAUAUAGCUGUAAAGUGUAUACCAUUGGGUGUGGUGUAAUUAAACCUUUAGAAAUCAAAGUUGAGUUUCGCUCAACCUUUCAAUUCGAUAAAUAUUCAUCAGUAGUCAUUUGGCAGCAAGCUGAAAUGUUUUCAUAAAUGAUUUAAAUGAAAUAGUUUGCCGCUUUGUUUGAAAAUAUUUGUGGUCACAUUAGUAGCGUCUAGCACUUGUCGGUUUACGGAAUGGUUUUCCAGAACUUCCAAAAGGGCUGUGAAACAAAAAUGGCCGUAAGAUCUGCUUCGAAGCACAGUGGACUUGAAAAGCCUUGAUUGGUAAAAAUUAUUUUAAAACGCCCUCACAGCAGCUGAGAUUUUGAGCUAUGGAACACCCCGCUAAGAUCUUUUUGUGUUUACUUGAGGGUAUGAUAGCAGUGGACAUAUCGAUGUUCAUGGCGACAAACAUACGAAAUCGAAGAAAAUGAUCAGAUAAAAAAUCAGAUGCAUCUAUGCAUGGUUUGUCAUAUCGAAAUAUUGCAUUUAUUAAAUUUCUUCUUUGUGGAUCAAAAGCCAUUUAUUACCUUAAGGCAAAUCCGAUAAAAAGGAAACAACAGCUCCCUGACUGUACUGAUUGCAACAAGCACCAAGUAUACCAGCAGCUUCCAAAUAUUCUGCUCAAAAAAAGCGUGCUCUGGAUUUAAUUCAACACCUAGCCGUGACACAGUUUGUAAAGAACGUCAAUAGAUUGCCAUAGGCGGGUCUUACGCCAUUGUAACAGAUGUCUUUGAAAAAACCGCGCAGGUUUUUAUCUUGGAACAAUCUUUAAGUAAAUUGAGCUCAUAAAAGGCACAGUAAAGCUUUCUAGAUUAAGAAAGACAAAUAUCUCAAUUUUCUUUGUCGGCUGCCUGAUAUUAUCAAGAUAUUUAUAAUCAAAUAAAUUGUCUGUGAGUUUGUUUGUAGUCUGAAAACCGCGCUGUUAUAUUGGAAUAGAAUGAAACUGCUACAGAAUUGAUACGCUGUGAUUGGCUGCUCACAACUGGCUGCCUCGGCAAUGCAGUGAGGUCCGAACCAAAAACGUUGCAAACAGAAAGAAGAGGCAAAACGAUUUACUCAGGAAAAAAUGAUUGACAACUAAAUCUUUAGCUGAAAGACUGACUAAAUAGUUGCAGCAUUCUAAUUAGCAGUAUAAAUGAAGGGACAAGAAUAUUUCAAAAUGUCCUUUGUGGAAACAAAUUAGAAUGCCUUUUAUGAGCUACGAAGGUUGACUCCUGUUUAAAUUCACCCUCAAUAGAAGGCACAAUGUUUAAUACUUGCGACCGUGUGAACAGUUUAGCUGUAUUUAUGUGCACGGGAAAGUAGUUAGUCACAGCCCCACCUCCUGAACGAGGGAGACCGGGAAUGACUUUCGGGUGACACUAGACAAAUUCUCGUCAUUUUUCCAUUUUUUGUUUUGCCUUUCAUGUGUUUAGGGCCAAUUUCAAGGCGGCGGAACGAUUAAUCUUUUUUAACAAAUGAGUUGUGGAAAUACAGAGAAAAGCAAGUUAAGAAUACAUUCAGUAAGAUUAAAAACAUUAGACCCCUUAUUAUAAUUGAUUUUUGACUCCUUGGUCUUUUCAUAGCCAGAGAUACGGUUUACGUUGUUAAUUCCCACUAAGAGAGCAGCUGAACUUUAUGUUUGAUUUCUAACAAACUAUAUUGUUCCAAUGGUAGAUGAAGUUCUUAAAUUUCCACUUGUUCAUUUGUUCCGUUUUCAAUUUACCAUUUUGGUCUAUACCCUCCAUCUUGUUUGACCUCCUUUAAGUCUAUAAUCCACGUUACUGAUGAGGGUAUGGAGAAAGGAAUCAUUAACUGAAAAAAGAAUUCAAAACUGACAUUCCGUGAACUUACAAUUCAUUUUGCUCCCAAGUAACAAAUUGAAAGAGAACUUUUGACUCUUCUGUGACGGUUUUUCCCAUUUUCACCGUCGAAGCCUUCCUCUGAAUCUGAAUUAUCAUUAAUUUACUUCAAGCAUUAAAAUUAACUUAGAAGCGAUUAAAUUAACCCUGUAGAUGUAUGAAAGUACUCCAGCAAGCUGAGGAUCCAUUUUGUAUCAUUUAUUUCUCAAGUUAUAAGGCUGAUCGAUAACAUUUUGGAGCAUUUUAUUUUUGUUUUAGCUCAAAAUGCAACUGAACCUGCCGUCAAUGCUACAGAGCCUGCUACUACAGAGGCUGCCACACAACCCUCCACAGGGUCUGUUAAUGCAACAGAGGGUGCCACUACAGAACCACCCCCAGACAGUAAGUAAAUUUAUAUCUUUGUCUUUUUUUUCAACUUAAGCAGUUGAAGAAUGGAACGCCCUGAAUGAAAAGUGCGAAAUCGACUAGGGCUUUAUUAACCCCAUACGAAGCUGUAUUCAUUUCAGCUAAUCAAACCCAAAAGAGAACAGGUUCAAACGAAUCCAAUGAUAAAUGAACAAAACCGUGAUUGUCUGAAAACUUCCAACAAUAAACUCAAAGCUGUAUUCAUUUAAGCUAAUUAAGCUUAAAAGAGAACUGGUCCAAACGAAUCCAGUGAUAAAUGAACAAAGCCGUGAUUGUCUGAAAACGUCCAAUAAUACUCACUGAAUGGCUACAAAACAGGAGAAUUUGAGGGUUUCGAACGAUGAGAAAAACUUCGAAUUGAAGUAAAUCAGAAAACGCGGUCAAGGGUGGGCGUACACUAAAAUGUUAUACGGAAUUGAAAAAUUCUUAGACUUAGCUGCGUACCAGAAACUCCGAUUAUUUAUACAACUGCAAUUUCCAGACAUAAAACCUUUAAUUUCUCUAGCAUAUCUCAUAAUUGACUGCUUGAAAGGCCCAUUCUUCAUAGCACUUAGGCCAACUGACGAAUCGCGACUUGACACUGGCCAAGUGUGAUCGAACAAAAAAUUUCAGUAGUGUUCCUGACUAAGUCGAUAAAGCAAAUUUGCCACAUUCACUAAGAGUGACAGGGAGAUGUGUCAUGGCUUUCUAGUUCAUUUUGCUUAUAUUUUCAUUAAAUUAAAACGUCCUAUUUCGCAACGGAACUUGCGUCUGAGUGACGAAAUUACUGAUAAAUUACAAAACUGCACAGUUUCAUGUGAUAAAGCAUUGUAUCAAACCUUACAUGCAUUACAUUUUAUUUGGGUUGUUUUCCUACUCAGCCAGUGUCUGCGCUCACAUUGUGGGUGGCUCCUCCUAAAGUUGUUUUACAUUUAAGAAUGUUUCAUAGGCCUCGCUUGUCUGGCGAUUGUUUUGUUAUCUACGUUCAAAUUUACGACAUUUAACAAAUAUUGCUUGUGAUUUAGCUUGUUUUCUGUCAAUUAUUAUUGACACAAAUUAUAAGGAAAUAACCGGGGUUUUCAAAAUUACUGUAUUUGUUUUGUGUAAAAUGUAACGUUCACAAUUUGGAGAGGGACUGGGUACGCUGGAUGACAGAAACUUUUCACGCGCGGUUUCCGGUUCCUGUCAAGUUUUAAAAGUUCCGCCCACCCCCAACCCCAGAUAACUGACUGUAUUUUGAUUCGGUACUAUUGACAGGUUUGUCAGUGAAGUGUACAACCGACGGAAUGAUGGUAACAUUGGACAUUAGAUAUCAUCCCAAUAUUGCUGUGGACAAAGUCACACUGAGUGAUGCCAACUGCAAACUGGCCGAUUUGGGAGACUUAAACGCCACACACAUCUCGUUGAAUGCACCUCUUGAUUCAUGCAUGACUAACCAUACUACGGAUGGUGAUAACAUCAUUUAUCAGAACCGCCUUGUAACCGAGACCCGUGAAUCUGCCGGAGCUGCUAUUAUUUCCAGAGAAUUUCAGGCCGAAUUCCCGUUCAAGUGUACCUACCCUCGCUCAGCCAUUGUGUCCGUGGCCAGCUUUUCUCCACGAGAAAAAGUCAUCUACACUAGGACAGGUUUUUAUCCCCUUUUAUCUCUGCAUUGUUAAAAAUCGUUUACUCCUAAACUUGCCCAUAAGUUAUUGGAAAGGAACUCGGUACUAAGCAAAAUUACUGCAAAAGAGGAUCCAUUGAGAUGACUAUACUGAAUAGGAUUUUAUCCACGUACCUAAAAAUUGAAACUACACACUAAGUAGAUUAAUAGUAUAUAGAGAGGUACACUGCCAAAGAGCUUUCAUAUGAAUACUGCUCACAGUUUGAAGGGUUAAAUUUGCUUCACUUCGCUUUUUGGACUGAACAAAAAGAACAGAGUUCCUCUUGACUUAGAUCUGAACUUUUUGAACUUUAUGCUUUUACCAACGGAUGGCAAAUGAAACACUUCCACAAUAUAGUUUCAUUUAAAUGGGCAUAGUCAGUAUUGAAUCAACAAAAGUAAGUACUAGUAAGUACUACCCUGUACAGCAAAAUUAAAACACAAGAAAAGGACAGGGUUUUUUUGUGAUCAGAACUUGACACAAUUACACCAGAGGCACGGUUAUAGACAGUUAUAGCGCUGGACUUGUGAUCCGGAGACCUCGAGUUCAAGUCCUGCCCCCCUUAUAUAGCUGGCUUUGCUCUCGGUAGUUCAACUCCUGGACUACCAGUAAUUAUGGUUACCCUAAUACAGUCGACUUUAAGACGACAUUGAAAGUUUCUGAGUUUUUUUUUUCUCAUUUACAGCUGAGUAUGGUAACUUUACAUUCACCAUGGAUAUGUACGAGACGGAUGCGUAUGAGACCCCUUACGCCGACUACCCUGUUAGAGUGGACCUUAAUGAGCCUAUGUACUUGGAAGUCCAAGUCAAGUCAAAUGAUUCUAUGUUGGUGUUGAUUCCUGUAAAAUGCUGGGGUACCACCGAACCCGAACCGGACGAUGACAAGUCUUAUGCAUUCAUCGAUAACGGGUAAAGGUCAUCUUCUUAUUCCGAGGUCGACUUUAUAAAUUUUCAUUUAUAGACUCCAUCUUUGUAAUGCAAUGGAUGGAAAGGGCGGACAUGAAUUGAAACUUGAAAAAGUUAAGCCAGCUCAGUGUUUCAAUUUUUAACGAUAUGCCUGGAAAAAUUGUUUUGGUAAGUGCUCCUGGGUGAAAUUUCAGUGUUAAAUAUCUUCAUAACUCCAGAGCAGCAUUUUGAGUAUGGGCCAAGAUUUGUUUUUGACUGACUGAAUAAUACGUAUUAAGUUUGAGAGAAUUGUUUUAUUGUUUUGGAAAUAGCUUUGAAUUAAGCUGAAACAUCAACAUUUGUUUCUCGUUAGAUUUCUUGUGCUGAUCAUAUUAAGUGGAGUUGUUUUUAUCCUAUAUUUUCAAUGACUAUUUUAAAACAAUUAUUCCACUCGUGCGCGUUGGAUAUGAGAUGGCGGGUAGCCAGCGAGGUGCGUAUCGCCGAGUUGUCUAUAAUCACCUCAUAUCUAACAAACGCGAGUGGAAUAAUUGUGUUAUUAAUAACAUCCACAAAAUAUCGAGAAUUCUUUCCGAUUUUCAGCUUGUUUUUAAUUUUGAGCAGACGCGUACAGUUAAUAUAUAAGGAGAGCAUUGUAUAAUGGCGCAUAUACCAUGAUGGCUAAGCCAAUCAGAACUCAAUAAUUGCAUUAUCCAAUGAUUCAGGUUUUAAUAAUAUGUGAUAUACUUGGCCUUGCUAUUGUAGUUGCGGAAAAGAUGAAACUCUGGACUUUGACUACGAACUGAGCGCUGUGCAGAGAUUCCAACUGGACGCCUUCCGUUUCCUUGGGGAAAGUGCUGAUGCCGUAGUUUAUCUGCACUGUAGCGUUGAGGCCUGCCGCAGCGCUGACAAUGAUUCGCGUUGUGCAGAGGGAUGCACUGAAAACGCUAGAAGGAAGAGGCGUGGCGCACAAUUUGAUGCUAUAACCGAAGAAACCGUCACCAUUGGACCCGUUAGACUCGAACGCAAAUCUGCAGCUACAAAGCGUGAGUAACUUGUCCCGGUUAGAGAGUGAAAAAGUCAAACUCGAACUUGUCAUGCAUUCCUUUAUGACUCGCGGCCCACUCCUGCGGCACAUAAAUCCAUAGCCUGCGCCGCAGAAAGUGCAGAAGAAACUAAACUCUGGUUGAGUUCGUCUGUGAAACAGCACCAGAAUCCUUGUUCUGGGCCUCCAUCUGUGUACCAGGAUUUGAGCACGCUUCUUGAUUGGCCUGUAAAAAAAGCUAUCGUGGAUUUGCCAAUCAGGAUGAAAGGAAAUUCGUGACGCAUUUCCGAUAAUUCGUUGAGUCCGUUGGGGGACCAGAACUAAGAUACGCAGAGGUUACUAACCGAGGUUACAUAACGUCUGCGACAUCAGGCUAUAAAUCGGAGAGGAAAACAUUUGAUCUAUAAUGUUCACUACGGACCUAAAAAUCGUUUAAUAUUGUCAAUGAAAAUAUUCGUUUCUUUUUUUUCUCUAGAGCAAAAGUCUGCAAGUUCGCUGACCAUUUUUGCCGCGGUCGCUGGUGUCCUGGCCGUCGUAGUGUUCGCUCUGGUAGUUGCCUUGGUGAUCUUGUAUAAACGUUACCGCAAUCCUCAGACUGCUUCGCGGGUUGUAUACACCAAAACCUCCAGUGACGACAACAAACAGCUUGUCUGAGGGGACUUGAACUGAUGAGUUUAUUUUGCUGCACCUUGCAUAGAUGUUGUUUCUGACAUCGCUUCUUUGUGUUAGUUUUUAAUGAAAUCUUUGGGUCGGUUAUUUAAACGGAGUUUAGCUAAUGUUUAACUAAACUGCGCUCUAAGCUAUCUACAGUACCUGCUAUAAUCCUAUUUCCUGUUUGGUUUAUCAUAAACUGAGUUUCAUGGACACAAUAAUGUACACUAGAAAAGCAUUUAAUUUCAUAACAAAACAAAACAAAAACACUUUAAGACAAUUCUAGAAGUUCAAUGAGCCUUUAAACGCGGCCAAAGUUAGAUUUCGAUUAAAUAACCGACCAUUUGACUUUUUGAUGAUUUUUAUAAGUUUUUUAAAAAUGGUACGCAAGAUGCUAGCAAUUUAUCUAUCGAUAGAUGUAGGACAUGCCCUUUUUUUCUCUUUCUUUUUUUUUUAUCUUGACAUCAAUACUGUUAACAAAGACUGUUAACAAAGACUAAAAUAAGGCAACUAAUGGGAAUAGUUUUUCUUUCAUUUUUUCUCGGAAAGCAAUAAGAAUGAACGAGAGAAGUUAUUAAUAAACAGUGACCUUUGGCGCGACUUUUUUAAAAAUGUAAUCACGUUUUAAACCAUCAAAUGGGACAAAUGUUAAAAAGCACGUAUCUUCUUUUUGUUUUAUUUUUAAGCAUCUUUUUAAUAAAUAACAACUAACAUUUAGCGAAGAUCGAAAACAAUGUUUAGAGUUUUUAUAGGAAUACGGUAUGUUAUUAUUCAACUCGUUACUUAUGUGUUAACUUCAAAGAGAGCUGAGGAAUUCCGGAGAGCAACCUGAGACUGAAAAAGACCACUUCAUUCGGUUUAAAUUAAAUUACAACAUUCCUUUAAACUGAAAGGUUGAGCCUGAUUUCCAAACCACUGGGUGUUUUUUAGCGAUCACUCUUCUUCCAGCUUUUCUUAGUUUUUGAUGUAAUUCGACCGCUGCUUUUCGUGCCACUUGCAAUGUCUUCUAAUAAAACGGUUUAAACGUAGCGAAUAUUGUUCUUCAUAUCCAGACUUGAUCCAUUCUUGUUAAAACCCGACUUACUCACAAAGACCUUUGUAUUGUUUCAACAUUAUAAUGCAGACUAUUUUUCUUCGUUCCUACAAAUUAAAAGCUCAAGGUUUCAUGCAACAUGUAACAUAAAAUAUUUACACACCCACACGACCAAUUCUUGACUCAUUCGUCUCACUUUUCCAGAUAUAAACCAAAUGAAUUCACCAUUUUCACAUAGACCAUAAUGCACCUUGCCAAUGCGUCUUGCCACCCCAC